AUGGUUGGCCUGCGCUGCGAGGAUCCCACGUUCAAGAAUGUGAUUUUUCAGGUGUCCUUGCAUCAAGCAACCGAACGAAGCAUUCGACACAAAGGAGACACUAUUCUUCUCCGCCCUUUCAGACAUCCCGCGGACGGCAAGUGGGCAAAAAGUGAUCAUAUCCCACCAGAGCGAAUUGACAGCAAUUAUCUUCCAGCUUGUGCUGAGGGCGAGGUCUAUCUUGGCAAAUUUUGGAUGGGAGAGGAUUCCACAAGGGGCGCAGUCCAAGAGUUCGUUUCCAACCGCUUGACUUACAUCCUAAUAACAUGCCGCGUUGACCACCAACGCCAGCUUUGGGAUGGCGGUGCACUAAUAAAGUAUGAAGGCUCACCUUUAUCCAAAAUAAUGGCCUAA